CUGCGGUAGUUGUUGUUACUGCGGAUGCUGCGGUAAUGCUCUUAUUCAACAAGCUGUUCAUCGAAUCUUUACAAGGUAAAGGGUUCGUUCUAUUUAUAGUUGUUCCUUUUGAUAAUUUGGGGGUGCAAGAGAGUUGUAGAGUUGCUGCGGUUGCUGCGGUAGUUACGUAUUGUAUUCUGAUUGCCGCUUGGUGUGUGUUUCUUUUGUAUGUUUGGUUUAUCUGUUAUGGGUGGUUCUCAGGGUAACACACCUCCUCGGGCCCGGAAAAAGAUGGUCCCACAUCGUUUAAAUUGUUGUAUAAUGGAUCGUAAAGUCGCUCUGUAUGUGCG